UUCGACUAACUACCAAUUUAUGCAAAAAUCUCAGAAAAAAUUUUUGGGCUGGAGUGGCCCUUUAACAUUUUGAAAUGUUCAAACAUUCACGAAUUAUCAUGUUGCUGUCUGCCCAGUCGUCGGCCUGUCACUGUUUCUCAUUUAUCUUAUUGGUAGAGAAAGGAACAAUCAAAUCGAGCCGCUCUUUGUUCAUUUUUUUAAAACUUCAUUUUUAAACAAUGUAAUGGAAAUUUCUUUUGUUCAUAUCGAUUGUAUGCAAAUGAUCGAACGUUUAUGGCGAGUCAGUUUAUAGAACUAAUUUGCAUAACAAUUUCAAUGCUAUGGUUCAUUGUGGUGCAUUUAGUUCUGAGGCAUGCCGCGAUCAGGAAGAUGCUUGUGCGAUCUUUAGAAAUUUACAUGAAUGGGUUAUCAUGUAAUACUGGAAAUACUUAAUUGAAUUGUUGAUCAAUUGAAUGUGAGCCGUUGAUCUGUUUGUUGAUAGAAUUUUAUAUCAUUCGCAGAUGGAUCGAUAGAACUAUCAGGGGUUGUUCAAGCCUCGUGGCGUGGUUGGAUUGCUUCGGCAUCGAGUUACUGAUGUUCGGAUCAAUCCAGACGCUGAUGUCUACAGGCGGAUUAAUUUGCUGAAAUGUUUUCAAGGAUAGGCCUUCCUCCGUUAUUUACCAAGAAAAUGUACCUACUUGAAAGGAUAGAAGAAUUCAUGUGCUGUUCGUGUGCGACAUGGCCCUUGAAUGGAUUGAACUAUAUUUUCAUAAUAAUUGGACUUUAAUGAGGACUUUUAACAUACUGGACAUUUAUGGAUUGAUUGAUUUACUAUUGUUAUUUUGUUUCAUUGGAAGUAUUUUGUUGAUUCCAUUAAGAUACAUCGCGUUCGAAAUUGGAAUUAUUUUUCGCCCGUUUUAACUCUUUGCUCACGCCAUUUCUAUGUAACAACAUUUGAGUCCUGAAAAAUUUUUUUUUGCACAAAAUUCAAGGUAUGUUUAUUUUUUUCUAAUAAAUUUGUUCUCUGAGCUAUUAUAGAGCAUUCAUUAUAUUCCUACUUUGGAAAGGUAUGUUGUAACUAGAUCUAAAAUAUUUAUAUUGUCUUUUUUUGACGGAAUUUUGCAUUUUCUCAUACUUUUAAAUGGCUUUGGCCACCAUUUUUGUGUUACUUUAUAAAAAAUUUUUCCAGGCGAAUUUGCAAUUUCACCAAAUGUUUUAGAAAAUUUGAGUUCUUUGUGUGCAAAGUUGUAUAAAUAGUUGAAAAAUUUGACUCCUUGUAAUACAUUGUAGCGAAAUUUCAAAAAGAAGAUAUUUGCAAGUCAUGGAAGUUGCAAGUCAAGAAGAACGGCCAGAAACCGUGACAGUAUCUUUUAAAAAUGAAAAAAAGGUUAUUAUUUGCUUACUUCAUAAUACUAAAUAUAUACAAGUAUUUUCCUUUCAAAUAUUUGUAACUUACAUUAAAAAUUAAUGACUUAUAUACAGACUUUGCUUACAAUAAAUUUCAUGUAGUUGAUGGUCAAUCUUUGCAUUGGGAAUUUCGUUUCAAAUUUUACAGUAUUUAUUAGAUAAAAAAAUUUUUACUGUUGUAUUGUAAAACUUAAUAGUCACAUUCUUAUUCUCUUAGGAAAUACCAUUCGAAAAAAAAAUUGUUAACGUGAGAAGAACUGUGGCAAAAAUUUUCGAUAUUACAAAUAUCAAGGGGAUUAUUUUAUUGAAUAAAGAAAAAAAGAAACUCAAGGAACUUAGACCAGGGAUGACUAUUUUUAUCAAAAUCAUCAAGAAGAAAAGAAAAGAGCAGCAGAGGAGGGAAUUUCCUUUUUAUAGAAAGGAAUUUCCCUCCUUUUGUAAUAAUUUUUAUUCAGGAACUUUUCCGAAUAUGACUGUUAACAAUAAUAAAUAGUUUUGUUCUUUUUAAAUAUGUUCCAAUGUUAAAUAUGUAAUAGUUUUGUUGUUUUAAAUGUUCCGCUGUUUGUUUGUUUCUUUUCAUAUUUUAAAUUAUGAAAUUUCAAAAUGAAAGAAAAAAACACAAAUUUUCUAUUUAGACAUUUAUAUUGAUAGAAUGGAAAAAACUUUAAAUUGUCGUUUUCUUUAAAAUUAUAUGACCAACAUUCCUUCAUAUUCUGCAUGUUAGUUUUAUUCAAUCUUCAUACUUGCAUAUCAGUAUAAAUUUAGGGUUUAUUUUUGGCUGUUUGAGAUGUUGAUAGAAUGGAAAAAACAAAAACAUUACCUGCCUGUUUAUGCUCAAAAUAUAACUUAUCUGACAAAAAGUUCUUGAUUAUUUGAAUAUUAAUUUCAUUCACUCUUCAUAGAUGUCCGUAUCAGUUUGAAUUUAAUGUUUCUAUUUAUAUGUUAUAUUUCUGUUUAGACUUUUUGUACGUUGAAAUUUUGAAUUGUUGUGUUUAAAUAAUUAUAGACAGGUCAUUUGCUGGAAAAAUUAUGCCUUUUUUCCUGUCAAGGUUUUCUCUUCAGAUUCCUUGCCAAGAAACAUUUUGGAAAAGAUUAAGACUUGGGGCAUGUUGAAAUUUGCCGAAAAGUUCAAAAUGGCGGAAUUUUUCAAAAUGGCGGACUUUUUACACUGUUUUGGCCAUAAUGCACCGAUUUAAUCUUCUAAGAAAAGCAUUACUUGACAUCAAAGUGUCCUAUUACGUCAUAAACAUGUUUGUUGCCAUGAAUGAUCAUCAAAAAUUCAAAAUGGUGCUCUUAAGGAGGUAGAACUAAAAAGAAAUCAACAAUUUUGGCGCUUCGCUCCAUACUAACAAAGUUACUGUGGUCAUAUAUUUUUAUACGAUAAACGCAGGAUACACGGGAUAGUAAGUCACCUCAGGAAUUCAUGCCCAUGUCUUUAGGUCAUUUCAUGUUCUCCCAAAUGUUGACAUUAACUAUUUUGACGUUUAUAAACAAAGGUAUAAAUUACAUUCCCACCUUUGAAGUUGUUGAUAUAAGUAGUUAAACUUAGACUAAAUUGCACUAUUUUGAUAACCACAAAUGCAACUUGAGCUUUUGAAAUGUAACCGGCAAUGAGAUAGUAUCUUUCGACUGAGUAGCUUCAGAAUUUAUCUGUGAAGUUUGGAUGAGUUUUCCUCGUGAAAAGAUGUGAUUUGAAGACCAAAGGAUACAUUCAAGGGUACUAUGUAGUUGAAAGUGGUCGACAAUAUUCUCUGUGAUUUUCUUAGCUUUACUAAGAGGGCUUGAUAAUAGAAGAUGCUGAGACAUUUUAAAGGAAUGGAAGACAACUUUGCUGUGUUGAAAUUAAACUGUUAAACACUGUAUGGUUAUUGCAGCAUUGGAAUUAUGUCGGCAAAUCCCUACCUGCAAUUCGAUGGUCCUGGAAUUAAUCGGUGUAUUUUAUGCGAUUUGCUUAUUGAUGACAAGGACAAAAAGGCUAUCCAGUCAAUAGCUUUUGAUACCAUUCAGAAGAAUGCUCGUCUUUGGUCAAAAAUCGACAAGCGAGUUUGUAUUGAACAACCUUACAAGGCAUUUCGUGAGGCAUCAUUCAGGCUUCCCCAAUGUUUCACUGAGACAUUGUACACUCAUAAAGGAUGCGCAGUUUCUUUCAGAAGCAGGCUGAAGACAAAACAGUUGCAGUCGGCAAAGCUCGAGGAAAAUGAUGCCUUAUGUGAUGAUCAAGAAUCACGUAAAAGUUAUAGCGAUGACGAAUCAUUAGUCUCCACAAGUAGGAAGAAGAGAACCAAGCUUUUACGAGAAAAAAGAACUGAAAAAUCUUGUUUGAUUUGCAACGAACGUUCGAGUGACGAUGCACUUCCAUACAAUGAUGGGGGAUUGGCACGCUGUUCGGAAGAAAAAGCAGCACUAAAGUUGAAAACCUUGGUUGCCAAGAAGUUGUUAGAUGAGCAAGAUCGCCAUUAUGAAGCAGCUAAGAGAAUUGACAUCUUACUAAAUGGUGCCUCCUAUGAUGUUUUUGCAGCAGAUGUCUAUUAUCAUAAGAAAUGUUAUGCGUCAUUUUCUUAUUUGUAUGACAAGAAGGAGACAUUGGCAUAUAACGCGGAGCAGGAACGGAAAGUUAUGGGGUACUUUGAUGAGAUGAUUAGGCGAAGGGUGAUUCAAGAUAAAGAAUCCUUUCUCAUGACUGAGCUGUUAAAAGACUUUGCAGAGAUCAGUUCUGACUUUGGUCUAAGCGAACCACCUAUAAGGCAAACAAAGUAUCUGAAGACACAUAUUGAGCAAACCUUUCCAGAUGAAAUUGCCUUUUCUAAAGUUGGUCAAAAGAAACAAGUCCUGCAUUCCAACACAGUUGAACCUGUUACCUAUGUCGAGGCUGCAUUGAAGGGUCAUGGUUUGAGAGAAGUUGAUCUAACCAAGGCUUUUGCCAGACUUGUAAGAAGAAAACUGGCAAACAGACAUCCACUUACCUGGCCACCAACAACUGAAGAGCUUUGUGAGUCUUUGGAGACUUUUUUCCCGCUAGAGUGUAUUUUCAAUGCAAUUGCUCUGUCGUUGAAUGACAAAUGGCCUAUCAAUCAAAAUGGGAUUGUCAGUGUACCCAAGGACUUGAAUCAAAAAAUAUCCAGUCUUGCUCAGGGAUGGGAAGCACUGACAUUACACGGCAGGUCACCUUUAAACAUUGCGAUGGGCUUGACCGUUAACAGAUUAACCGGAAGUAAGGAGACAUCAAGACUAUUGCACUGUGGUGGUAUUGGAAUAUCUUACAAUGACGUCAGGUUGCUUAGCAAUUCUUGGGCCGAAGCGGUAACAAUGGAGCAUGCUCAGAUGCUUCCACCAGGAUUUGUAAAAGGUAGAGCAUGACUUUGACUGGCAGCAAACUUUGACUGGGUCACAGA